AUCACUAGGGUUGAAUUUGUGUAAUCUAACCUAAAAUAUUGUCUCUAAAUAAAGAUCGAGUAAAGAAAAUCAAGUAAAUGAUUUUCAAAAAAACAAAAACAAUGGGAAAGAAGUGAAAAUAAUAAAAUCAAGAAAUAAUAAAGAAAAAGAAGGAACUUUAUCUUUAUUUUUAAUAUUCAAUAAUUUUUUAUCAAUAGAUUGACAAUUUGCAAAUGACGAGAAAUUAAUUUAUUUAUAUUUAGUCAACAUGCGUCGCCAAGAACGUCGAAAUCCUUGGGGUAAUAAUACGAAUAAAAAACCAGCGAAUCUUUCGUUGGCAAAAAAUGCCGAAAAAAAAUUUUUGGAGUCCCAUCAGAAAUUAUCAGCAGCUAUCGAAAAACAUGUAUCUUAUGAUGAAUCUUCUGAAGAGGAGGAAUUAGAAUCAGAUAAAAUAUUAGAUCAAGUUUUGAAAAGUUAUGCCAAUAUCGGUGGUUCAUCAAAAGAUCUGGGAAGAACUGAAGUGUUUUUGAAAGAGGCAUUUUUAUCCAAUGCAGCUAUUUGUCUUAUUUGUAUAUGCUCUGCUAAACGUACUGAUAAAAUUUGGAGUUGUCAUGGAUGUUAUUCAGUUUUCCAUUUGACUUGUAUACAACGAUGGGCAAACGACAAUUUAUUUCAACAAAGAAAUUUACAAGAAGAAGGAAUCUAUAACCAGCAAAAAGCUACCAUUCAAUGGAGUUGCCCUAAAUGUAGAUUAGAUUACUCUUCAAAUGAGGUUCCUAAUAAAUACACAUGCUUUUGUGGUGCUGUAGCAAAUCCACCACCACAUCCUUGGUUGGUACCACAUUCUUGCGGAGAAACAUGCAACAAACCAUUUGAACCAAAUUGUGGACAUAGUUGUUUGUUACUCUGCCAUCCAGGACCGUGUCCACCAUGUCCUAAAACUAUAAAAGUUACCUGCUAUUGUGAACAAUCUAAUCCAAUCCCAAUUCGAUGUUCUGUCGGUCGUUGGAAUUGUACAUCCAAAUGCCAAAGAUUAUUAUCUUGCAAAACACAUAAAUGUGAAAAAACAUGUCAUGAAGGAAAAUGUCCACCUUGUCCUAAAGAAAGUUUACAAAAAUGCUUGUGCGGUCUUCAAGAAGUUGUCAGACGUUGCAGUGAAGAAUUUUGGCAGUGUGAAAAUGCUUGUAAUAAAAAUUUAUCUUGUGGUUUGCAUAAAUGUGCACAAAAAUGUCAUAGUGGUGACUGUGAUGCUUGUCCAGGAACAUUACCUAGAGAAUGUCCAUGUGGGAAACAGUUAGUAACUUUGGCAUGUUCAGAAGAAGUAUUACCUUGUGGUGAUACCUGCGGAAAACUCCUUUUAUGUGGACAGCAUUAUUGUAAUCAAAGAUGUCAUAGAGGAGAUUGCAGUACGUGUUUGGUGGUUAUAGAAAAAUUAUGCCGAUGUGGCUCCAAUACCAAAGAAUUGCCUUGUCAGAAAGAACACCUUUGCAAUACAAAGUGCAGAAAAAUGCGUGAUUGCGGAAAUCAUGUUUGCAACCGAAAAUGCUGCGAAGGUAUUUGUCCACCUUGCAAUAAACCUUGCGGACGUACUUUACGAUGCGGGCAACAUAAAUGUGAAUCACGGUGCCAUAAAGGGCCUUGUUUUCCAUGCACAAUAGAGGCUACGGUUUCUUGUAAAUGUGGAAAAACAAAAGUGAAAGUCCCUUGUGGUCGUGAAAAAAAAACUAGGCCCCCUCGUUGUACUCACUUAUGCAAAUUAGAUCCUGUCUGUAAUCAUAAGUCUCUUGUACCGCAUCGAUGUCACAUGGGCCCUUGUCCAAAAUGCAAAUUGCCUUGUGGAAAUGUUUUAAAUUGUGGUCAUGUUUGUGAGGUUCCAUGUCAUACAGCUGUAACCGUUACAGAAAAUCAAGUUGAGAAUCCUAUCGGUCCUUGGGAAGCUAAACAAAUAGCUGUUUUAAAAGCUUUGCCUUGCCCACCAUGCACUUUUCCAGUUCCAUAUUCUUGCCUAGGAGAGCAUGAAAGUCCUGAUUGGCCAUGCCAUUUAACACAAGGUGGUCGAAAGAGUUGUGGCAGAGUUUGUGGAAAAGCCCUGGCCUGUGGUAACCACAAUUGUCAAAUAGAAUGUCAUACAUUGUAUGAUAAAGAUGGUAUUGAGGUUUGUAUUCCAUGUGACAAGCCUUGUUUAUUACCCCAACCAGAGGGCUGUGUUCAUCAGUGUCCUCGUCCUUGUCAUGUUGGACCAUGCAGAUUAUGCUCUGUUCAUGUAAAGCGUACUUGUCAUUGUGGACUUACCCAACUUUAUUUAAGAUGCGGAGAAUUGUUUGGCCGAAAAGUUACAGAAGCAGAAAGGGACAAAUUAUUGUCUUGUGGAAAUCAAUGCACAAAAACUUAUGCUUGCGGACAUCGUUGUCAAAAUAAUUGUCAUCCUGGUGAGUGUCAAGGAGCAGACAAUUGUCAUAAAAAAGUAAAAUUAUACUGCCCGUGCAAAAGAAUUAAGCGAGAAUUUACUUGUGAUAAAGUGAGAAUGAAAAUUGCACAAGUUGAUUGCGAUGAUACCUGUCAGGAAAAGAAGCAAAAUGAGGAAAAGUUACUGCAUGAACAAGAAGUUCAAAGAAAACUUUUAGAAGAAAUGAAAAAUAAAACUGAAGUAGAAUUGUUUGAAAAGAAGUUUUCCGGUAAAAGAAAGUAUCGACAAAAAGCAAUUUAUGCAGAUGAAGAUUCAGCUAAUUCAAAUUGGUUGAAAUUGAUGGCAAUCUCAUUUGCUAUUAUCUCAGGUGUUAUUGCUGCUAUUCUGUACGUCCAAAAUAUAUGAAGAAAAAUCUUUAUGUUCCAGUAUAGAAUUCGAUACCAAACUCAUAUCAAAG